GCGGGGGCAGUCCGCGCCCCCGGACUCCCGCAUCGCGCAGCCUUCCGCGCCCCGGUGACGGCCGGAUCAGCGGCGACCUCCUGCCCCGCUGAAUCAGACCUUCUCCUCCCACCACCUGCGCAAGGAGGCGGCCCGGGGAAGCCGCCUCGGUGCAUAUAAAGCGCUGCCGUCGGAGGGGAGGCGCCGCUCGCUCCCGGGACCCCGCUGCCACCCGCCCGCCAUGGCCACCGGCCGCCGCCUGCCGCUCCCCGCGCUGCUGCUGCCGCUGGUCUGCGCCGCGCUGGCCCAGCGCCCUCUCACAGAAAAGCAGCGCGCCUGCCUGCUGCCCCCCGACGAGGGGCCCUGCCGCGCCCUGGUGCCGCGCUGGUACUACGACCGACACACGCAGAGCUGCCAGGAGUUCACCUACGGGGGCUGCUACGGCAACGCCAACAACUUCCUCACCUUCGACGAGUGCGAGAAGAGCUGCUGGACCAUCAAGAAAGUGCCCAAAUUAUGCCGGAUGGAGGCUGAUGGAGGACCUUGCAGGAGUUAUCUAAGAAGAUAUGCCUUUAACUUGAGCUCGAUGAGAUGUGAGGAAUUCAUCUAUGGUGGCUGUUAUGGAAAUGGCAACAACUUCAGAGAUUUGCAGUCUUGUGUGGACCACUGUCUGCCAGAAAAAACUGGCCCCUUGCUAUGCUAUAGCCCAAAGGAUGAAGGAUUGUGUUCCUCUUCUGUGCCUCGCUAUUACUAUGACACCAAGACUAAAUCAUGUAAAGAGUUCAGAUAUACUGGCUGUGGUGGAAAUGCCAACAACUUUGUCACUGAAAUGGAUUGCUACAAUGUCUGUAGAAAUGCUGGAAAUCAGAAACCGAGUAUCAACAAGCCAACAAAUGUAUCCCGCAGAAAAAUAGUGAGAAAACUGAAGAAAAAAUCUCAGAUGUAUAACCUGAAGUCUUAAAGCUGAUGUGCACUUGGAUGUUUGAAACACUUUUUGUCAAUUCCACUUUCUUCUUUUGUAAGAUAUUUUUCACAAAGUUUUAUACUGACAUAGUUCUGUCUUUCAGAGCUGCUUUUUAUGCAAUUUACUUUUUUAUAAGGAACUGCACUUAAUAGAAGAAUGAACCGAAGUUUGGUUCUUCUGCUAUGUUGUCUUUGCAAUACUAUUUUGGAAAGACUUGUUUAAAUUUCCAUGUUUUUAUGGGGGGAAUGUUACUACUGCCUUGGGAGAAUAUUUCAGCUGUUGCAAAUCAAUUAAAAUUUGAAAAAUCAAA